GAUUAUGGAGUAAGAAGUACCGUAACUUCCGCACUGCGUCAUCAAAACGCGCCUCCGCGGCUCACAGUAGCAUGUUGAGUUUUGUUCAAGCACUCUUCUUUACAAAUGUAACCUUUAAGUUACAAGUUUAAACUCGGCAAUACAAGCGUGUAAAAUGACUUAACCACCCUGCAUUUAGCUACUGAACUAAUAUUUUGUGAAAUAUUGAUAAAAUGAUAUUUUCUCAGUGCUGUAGAAAGCUUUCACAGAUGCUGAAGUGUUACUCGGUGUCCUCUGGAACUGUGUUAUUAUGGUCCCGCAGUAAUGUUGGACAUCUUCAGCGGCUCUCGGUGAGCUGGAAACCUGGUGUCUGUUUGAAGAGUUCAGCCGCUGGUGAGAGACAGCAGGAGAGGCAGAGGGCCCACAUGGCACGUGGCCUUCCAAAGCAAAAGCCCAUAGCAGGUGUUAAAGACGUCAUCGUUGUUGCUUCAGGAAAAGGAGGUGUUGGGAAAUCGACCACAGCAGUAAAUCUUGCUCUUGGACUUAUGGCCAACGAUCAGAGUAAGACGGUGGGGCUUUUGGAUGCUGAUGUUUAUGGCCCCUCAAUCCCAAAGCUGAUGAACCUCAGAGGAAACCCAGAAUUAACAGACAACAACUUAAUGAGACCCCUGACAAACUUUGGGAUCCCUUGCAUGUCCAUGGGCUUCCUGGUUGAAGAUGCAGCACCCAUUGUGUGGAGGGGUCUGAUGGUCAUGUCAGCAAUUGAGAAGCUCCUUAGGCAGGUUGACUGGGGCUCUUUAGAUUACUUAGUGAUCGACAUGCCACCUGGAACAGGCGAUGUACAACUUUCCAUAACGCAGAACAUCCCGAUAGCAGGUGCUGUGAUCGUGUCCACUCCACAGGACAUCGCUUUGUUAGAUGCGCGCAGAGGUGCUGAGAUGUUCCGUAAGGUUAAUGUGCCGGUGCUGGGCUUGGUUCAAAACAUGAGUGUUUUCCAGUGUCCUCAGUGCAACCACCAGACACACAUCUUUGGCUCAGAUGGUGUAAGGGAACUGGCAUGUGCACUUGGAGUAGAGGUUCUUGGUGACAUUCCACUUCAUCUGAACAUCAGAGAAACGUCAGAUCAGGGUCGGCCGGUGGUUGUGUCCUGUCCUGACAGUCCUGAGGCUGAAGCGUACAGACGCGUCGCCUCCGCAGUGGUGCGUCGCCUCACAGAGGAGUCCAGCUAAAUGACUUCAACACUGUUAUAAUAUUUAUUUAUUGGUCAUUCAUACUGAGAAAUUUCAAUAAAUAUUUUACUCAUGACCAUAUUACAUGAUGUUUACCAGGCUUAUGAGUAGAUUUUUAAGAACCUUAGAUUUUCUUUUUUUUUCUGUCAUUGAAACUAUGCUUUAUGAAUAAAAGAGUAUGCUGUAUGUGGAAAAAGUAGGAUUCCAUUUUGAAAGGUUCACAUGUGGAAAUGCAUGGGGAAAUGCUUAAUUUCCUGCAUACCUUAUAAAAUAUUUGUCAGCACUGUUUCUAGAGAGGCCUGGCACUGCAGGAUAAGGUCUGGAUUUCAGAAAGAAAAGCUGAUGAGACAAAGCAGACAGGAAGCUAAAUGAUGUAUUUUGAUAUAUGAAUUACCGGUCCUCACACAAUCAUUAGCUAGCUACCAUGCAACCAGUAAUGCUGAGUACACUAUAUGGCCAUACGUUUGUGGAGACCUGACCAAGCACAUCCAUAUGUGCUUGUUGAAGAUCCCAUUCCAGGUUUCGUCCUUCUAGGAGCAGUGUCAUGCUGGAACAUGUUCGGGCCUCUUAGUUCCAGUGAAGGGAAAUUGUAAUGCUACUUGUAUAAGCAUACAAAGACGUUCCAUACAGUUGUGUGCUUCUUUGUGGCAACAGUUUGAGGAAGACCCAUAUAUGGAUGAGAUGGUCAUGUCUGCAUACUUUUGGCUAUAUACUGUAGUGUACUGAUGGUGACAACUGAAAACCUCAUGAGAACUCAUACCAAUUUGCCACUGUGAGAAUGGUUUGGAGUUUUUCUUUGUAUAAAAAUAAACUUUUUUUUUUUCUUUUUAAUCAUGUUCUACAUACUGUAUUUUCUGUUGCACAUUUGGCAGAAACAAAUUAAACACUUUGUACAGUCCA